GCCGUGGAGUGGGGAUGUGAUGAAGCUACUAAAAGAUCCUGCUACAGCAAAGGCAAAUCAAAGGAGGAAUGCCAGAACUAUGUUCGUGUGCUCCUUGUUGGAGGCAACCACCUCUUCACCUGCGGGACCAACGCGUUCACUCCCAUCUGCACCAAUCGCACGUUAAGUAACUUGACAGAGAUACAUGACCAAAUCAGUGGCAUGGCUCGUUGUCCGUAUAGUCCCCAACACAACUCCACUGCUCUUCUCACUUCCAGUGGGGAGUUAUAUGCUGCUACAGCCAUGGAUUUUCCGGGAAGGGAUCCUGCCAUUUAUCGCAGUUUGGGGGCCCUUCCUCCUCUCCGCACUGCACAGUACAACUCCAAGUGGCUGAAUGAGCCAAAUUUUGUGUCGUCUUAUGACAUUGGGAACUUUACCUACUUCUUCUUUCGGGAGAACGCAGUGGAGCAUGACUGUGGGAAAACAGUCUUCUCUCGUGCCGCUCGGGUGUGUAAAAACGAUAUCGGUGGCAAGUUUGUGCUGGAGGACACGUGGACUACCUUCAUGAAAGCUCGUCUCAACUGCUCUCGCCCGGGAGAAAUUCCGUUUUACUACAACGAACUACAGAGCACUUUCUUCCUGCCAGAAUUGGACUUGAUCUAUGGGAUUUUUACCACUAAUGUGAACAGCAUAGCAGCCUCAGCAGUUUGUGUUUUCAACCUGAGUGCCAUAACUCAGGCCUUUAAUGGACCCUUCAAAUACCAGGAAAACUCUCGCUCUGCUUGGCUUCCGUAUCCCAAUCCAAACCCUAAUUUUCAGUGUGGCACCAUGGACCAGGGUUUGUAUGCCAAUUUGACUGAGAGAAAUCUUCAGGAUGCUCAAAAAUUCUUCUUAAUGCAUGAGGUGGUCCAACCUGUUACUCCCAUCCCGUACUUCAUGGAAGACAAUAGUCGAUUCUCCCACGUGGUGGUGGAUGUGGUGCAGGGCAAGGACAUGCUUUUCCAUAUCAUCUACCUUGCCACAGAUUAUGGCACUAUCAAGAAAGUGCUUGCCCCAAUGAACCAAACAUCCAGCAGCUGCCUGCUCGAGGAAAUUGAACUCUUGCCAGCGAGUCAGAGAGAACCCAUCAGGAGUCUCCAGAUCCUGCACAGCCAGAGCGUUCUGUUUGUGGGCCUGCAAGAGCACGUAGUUAAGGUGCCCCUGAAGAGAUGUCUCUUCUACAAAACGUACAGUGCAUGCAUUGGAUCCCAAGAUCCUUAUUGUGGCUGGGACAUGGUGAUGAAGAAAUGUACAACACUGGAAGAAAGUCUGAGCAUGAGUCAGUGGGAGCAAAGCAUUACUGUGUGUCCAACCAGGAAUUUGACCGUGGACGGGAGUUUCGGGACAUGGUCGCAAUGGAAACCUUGCACCCACACGGAUGGUGCCAGCAUUGGCUCCUGCCUCUGCAGGACUCGUCUGUGUGACAGCCCAGCUCCUCAGUGUGGAGGCUGGCUGUGUGAAGGACCGACCAUGGAAAUUGCCAACUGCUCCAGAAAUGGAGGCUGGACGCCGUGGACUUCUUGGUCCCCUUGUAGUACCACUUGUGGAAUAGGCUUUCAAGUUCGCCAGCGCUCCUGCAGCAACCCAACCCCUCGACACGGAGGACGUGUCUGCGUGGGGCAGAAUCGCGAGGAAAGGUAUUGCAAUGAGCACUUGUUGUGCCCUCCCCAUGUGUUUUGGACGGGCUGGGGUCCGUGGGAGCGUUGCACGGCGCAGUGCGGCGGAGGGAUUCAGGCUCGGCGCAGGACGUGUGAAAACGGUCCCGACUGUCCUGGCUGUAGCGUGGAAUAUCAGCCAUGUAACACCAAUGCCUGCCCAGAGUUAAAAAAGACAACUCCUUGGACCCCUUGGACUCCGGUCAAUAUUUCGGACAACGGUGGCCACUAUGAACAGCGAUUCCGAUACACCUGCAAAGCACGCCUGCCUGACCCAAACCUGUUAGAGGUGGGGAGGCAAAGGAUUGAAAUGCGGUACUGCUCCAGCGACGGCACCAGCGGCUGCUCGACUGACGGGUUGUCAGGAGAUUUCCUGCGUUCUGGACGAUACUCUGCUCAUACUAUCAAUGGUGCCUGGUCACCAUGGUCUCCAUGGUCUCAGUGCAGUCGUGACUGCAGCAGAGGAAUACGGAACCGCAAACGGGUCUGCAGCAAUCCCGAGCCCAAGUAUGGGGGACUUCCUUGCCUCGGCCCAUCUCUGGAGUACCAAGAAUGCAACAUUUUGCCUUGUCCAGUUGAUGGAAGCUGGUCUUGUUGGUCAUCUUGGUCCAAGUGCUCAGCAACUUGUGGAGGAGGGCAUUACAUGAGAACCCGCUCGUGCACAAACCCUGCUCCUGCAUAUGGGGGAGAUAUUUGUCUCGGUCUCCAUACUGAAGAAGCACUGUGCAACACACAACCAUGUCCAGACAGCUGGUCGGACUGGUCCGAGUGGUCUGAGUGUGACGCGUCCGGAGCUCAGUUCCGCGUUCGCCAGUGCGCUAUCCUCUUCCCUGUGGGCAGCCAGUGCUCUGGGAACACCACAGAGACGCGAGGCUGUGCUUUCAGCUCUAACUUCAUACCAGAAAUAACAGUGGCACGAUCCAGCAGCAUAGAAGAGAAACGAUGUGGCGAGUUCAACAUGUUUCAUAUGAUCGCAGUGGGAUUAAGUAGCUCUAUCCUUGGUUGCCUUCUUACCCUGCUUGUUUACACCUACUGCCAACGCUAUCAGCAGCAGUCCCACGACGCAACCGUAAUCCACCCUGUGUCUCCAGCUCCUUUGAAUACCAGCAUCACCAACCAUAUCAACAAACUGGACAAGUAUGACUCUGUAGAAGCCAUCAAGGCAUUUAACAAAAACAACCUGAUUCUGGAGGAGAGAAAUAAAUACUUCAAUCCCCAUCUUACUGCAAAGACUUAUUCUAAUGCCUAUUUUACAGAUUUCAAUAAUUAUGAUGAAUACUAAGGGGCUUGUGUAUUUUCUUGGCCUUCUGUAACUCCCCAGUCCCUAAGGCCUGUGCUACAUGACUGCUCAUGUGAUUGAGGCUUCAGAGAUGAAGCACAGAGACAUUUCAAGCACGAUCCAAGCCAUCAGUGUCCCAUUGCUGCCAAAACCCCAAACACCUGUUUGUGACCUGAUGUUUUCAUUGCAGGUUGGCCUUCAGUACAGGUUGCAGCUCUAGCCCCUACAUGUUUCUGAACCCCUCCUGAGGAAGGCAUUGCUUCACUCAGUUUCAUAAGCAUUCAGUCAGAUUUCUCUAACAAGGGGCUAGCUGAUUUCAAAGCUUUUAGAAAAAAAAGAUC